AUGUCGCCGAUCCCCACCUCCUCCAUCACCCCAACCCCAACCUCCGCGACGAAGACUACUGCCAGCACUCCAACUGCCAUCACCGGCGACAACAUUCCUGAUGCCACGUCAGCCACUGUCCUCACCACCAUCGCCUUCGUCAUCAGCAGCGUUGACUCGAUUUCAAACCCUCACUGUUUGCGAUCAUGCCUGGCCGGGACUGGCGUACCAGUGCCAUGAGUUCCGACAUAUGCCCAUCGGAUCCGCCUCAAAUGUCUACACCGACCACAUACAUUUGCGCGCCGUAUAGGCUUCUUCGGCCACGAGAAUGGAAUUCCCCGCAAUAUCGGCAAGUGUAGCACAUGCUACACAUCUGACAUAUCUCCAACAGUGUGGUGGACAGUAGCAGCUUCACAACCGCUCAGCAGUUGCAAACAUAGCCUGUCCACAUUUCCGUCGCAAAUGCACAACAUGCACUGACCUGAUCAGUCACAUGCGAAUCCAGUACACAGACGCUGGCGAACCAAAGGCUGUAGCAACAACAUACACCAACUCCACCCGCCUUAACUGCAUACGCUACCCACACAAAUCCAUUCACCAAUUGGACGUAUUCGGUCACACGAGCAAACAUGAAAAUCUGCGGUGAAACACCGCCAGUCAAGCCAAAUAACCGACAGUUCGACCGUCGAUUUCGACGAUGUCCACCGUGUACCGCACAGACUGCAUUGUGGAGCAGGGACGGUGACUUACGCAGGGGUUUAUAGUGCCGGUAGACUUGCGUAGCAUCUACCUACACUCUCUCCUCCUCCCCCGCCUGGACCCGGUGUCAAGACAGAGUCAAGAAGACCGGAGACGAGGGAGGCCGCAGGUGAAUGGCUCGGACGGAUCCUCACCUUGGCGUUCCACUACACACCAUGGUCCACACAACAAUAACCAGGAUUUCAACCAGACAACAGAGAUUUGGAGGCUGGCACGGCCGAAGCCGCACCUGGGCGUGUCGCCAACGCCUGGCUCGGAUCCCACGCUGUGGUGGGAAUGCCAAGACAAAGACAACAAGUCCGAAAGCGGGAGAAGGCGCAGGUGGAUGGGACGGCUGGACCCGCGCCUAGGCGUAAUCCUGACGUAAAUGAUAAUGUCCUCACGAAUUAACGAGUUAUAUCUCAAGAGCCCCUAGCCUUAAAGGCAGCAAGUAAAUCUGCGCAGUAAAUAAUAUAGAGCUUUUGGACGUUACGUAACCUGGCAACUGAGCGCGGCAACAAAUCAGUCCAGCAUGGCGAGUGUGUUCUUUUAUCGUCACAUUCAAACAAGCGAUCCGGGCAAAGAAAACGAGACUUAAUCGUCAAAGGAAAAUCAGUCCGGUAGCUCACUACAAUCCCACACCCCCUGGUCCACUAUAAACACAUGGCCAGAAUUUUAACCAUGAACAGAAUCAAAACGAGUCGGAAAGGCGAGGAAGACUGGGCAGUCAUGCACACGAUCUGCAUACCCAGAGGGAGCAUACGUGCAUCUACCGGCAGGGAAUCAGGAGUCAGAGAACUGCCAUCGUCCACCAGGCUGCGAGGGCGGUGGUUUGCUGAUCCUGGCAUAGCAGACGCCUACAUUCCCUGGGCAUCACCCAAUAAAAGCACAGGAAGGGCACGCCGCGCGCAAGAGGGAAUCGCGCCCUCGUUCCCCUUUCCAUGUUGCCUCCAUUUUAUUAAAGCACGACAGGGAACCGAGCAAUGAACACCCUUCAUGCGGAAUUCUGGCAGACUGUGGGAGUCCAGGUCGCGUGCGUGGCAGGCGCCGACGGACCAUUCGUGACCUUCUUGGCCAGUAAUUCUAAUCUCAGUUUGCUGACCACCUGAGACUAUUGCCUGGCAUAGGAUGGAGGGAAGGGAGAGUGAUGUCGACACUCAGUGCAUAAUUCACGGUGAGAUGUGAAUCGUUGCUUGGAAGGGCGCCAUCGGACGGGAUUAUCUGCGGUGAUACGCCGCCAGCAGUCAUACCCCACCACCAGAACUGCACAUUCACACCACACUUCCACUCAGUUGAGACGCGAGCCCUCUUGUUGUGCAAAAUCCUGAUCCUUUGUGUCUGGACCAGGAUGUGUGUUGGCACCCUUGUGCGCGGGUCCACGCCCUGUCGACCACCGGCGAAGGCGUAGGUGGAUGGAUCGGCUAGACCCUCACCUACGCGUUACACCACACGCCCUGGUCCAUAACAAACACUUAACCAGAAUUUUAACCAAGAACAGUAUCAAAACGGAUCAGAAAGGCGAGGAAGCCGGGGCAACCAUGAGCAUGACCUGUACACCCAGCGGGAGUGCAAGCGCAUCUACCGGCAGCGAAAAAGGUGUCAGAGAACUGCCAGCGCAUGCCAGGGGCGAGUGUUGUGGUUUGUUAUUUUCGGCGUGGCAAACGUUUAAAUUCCUUGAGCAUCACCCAACAAAAGCACGCGAACAGCACCCCACAAGCAAGCGGGAAUCGUGUUCCUUGUCUGCUCCUCCAUGCCGCCUCCAUAAUCUUAACGUACGAGAUGGACGAACAGUGAAACCCAUUCAUGCGAAAUUCUGGCAGAAUGAGCGGCGCUCAGGUCGUGUGCGUGGCACGCCCAGACGGACCGUUCUUGAUACUUUCGGCCAAAAAUUCCAAUCUCAACAACUGUCCGGGACUAUUGUCUUGCACAGAGGAGAGGAAAGGGAGAGUGAUGUCGACACUCAGUGCAUAAUUCACGGUGCGAUAAAUGUCGUCACUUAGAAGGCUGUCAUUGGACAGGAUAACCGGCUUAUUCUUACAGGACUAAGAUUUAGGCUACAAUGACUCCGUCUUAAUGUGGCCUUUGUGGCACUUCCACUCGGUUGAGAUCAGAGCUGUCUCUCCUUUCCCUGAUGUCUGGAAUCCUGGUCCUUUGUGUGUUUGACCACGAUGUGUGUUGGCACCCUUAGGCGCGAGCUCACGCCAUGUCGACCACAGUCGACUUGUGUGGGCCUUAUUGCGGAGCGGAGGUGGACGACGGUGAAUAAAGUGUGAUAGACGCUGCGCAAGGCCACUACCUCCAUAAACUAGUUCACGCACAUGUCAUCGUUUCUGCGCCCACCCUGUUGAUGGGCACAUGUUGUCCAUCGUCGAAAACGACGGAUGAACACUCGUCAUGUCGCCUGAGGGAUGAUGAUGUUGGCGUGCAGGUAGUCGGACCGAUUCCGUAUUUUCACGUAAGAAAUAGCUUUUCAAGUGUUAGUUUUAUUACAUUAGCCAAUAUUGAAGAAAAUGUAUCCAGAUCGGAGGACGUGGGAGCGAUUCGAGGUAGAGAAGAUUAUGGAUUUGGGAUGCCGUAUCAUGAGUCAAAUGGGGAGGAAUGUUUUAAUACGGGGUAGAUGGUAAUUUAAAAGUUAUUAUAUAGGGGCAUAACCUGGAGUCUAGCCUUCCAUCUUUCACAAAAAUUCAGGAUUAACUCAUUUUCAGGCUCUAGGGUGCGAAUUCGAGAAUGACUCAGUCGAAUAAGAAGGGCGGUGGUUAUCUAGAGCGGUAAAAUCACCAACAUUCAUGUUUCGGACGUGCCUACUCGAGACAGCAUCAGUCCAUUUACGAAAACCUGCGAUGAAUGCGGACGUUAUCAGCAUUGACGAGCGUGUGGUAACAUAGGAAAUGCAGCUGAUGAAUACUGCUCCCAGUGUGCAUCCACAACUUCAUCCUGCUGCUGUCAUUCAUCAGUCAUGGAUCCGAAAUCUCGGACAUAUAUUUUUCAGCCAUAGGUCGUUUUAUUUUUGACUCGCAGUUAGUCCAAUUGCCUCGAGGUUGACACAAAGGAUGUAUUGGUCUGCAUGCGUAUGGAUACCACUACAGCAAUCUCCUCAAAUUUGCCCACCGAGCACUUGCACUUCCAGAGUGCAGAAAUCAUAUGAAUGUAAUGGUACAGUGGGCCUCUCUGCGUUUGCCACCAUUUAAUUUUGUAGAAUUCUCAUGAAAUACAUUUGCAAAACCGGAGGAAAGAGGGCAAGAAGGAGGAUUAGACGACAUGCACGAUAAACGAAUUACUUCUGCAUCUAAAACAUUCACAUAUGAAGACCUCGAGCAGCUUCCCACGUUUAAAUCAUUCACCAAUGUGUUCUGACGGUCGUAAUAUAUAACUAUUUGACAUUCCACUAAAUAGGAGUACGCAUUAACAAAAAAGAUGAUCCCUUCAGGGUGGGUAUGCGGAAUCUGUAGGUGGUAGCAUCUUUGCAACAUCAACUUGCACCUGACAGCCACAUCCACCGGCGACAAGGACUCUUCCUUUUCGUCUGGUUCGCAUGACGGCAGCUGAUAUCGUAGAUGGAGUAGGAAACACACGCAAGCUGUGGAGUAAGCUGUACCGAAGCAGUAUAUUCGGAAUAAGAGAUAAACUAAAUAACCACAGCUGCAUAAGUUUUACAUUUAAGCUUAUGUAAGUUAAGUAAAUAGGAAAAUGUCGUGAUAGCUGGCUGAAAUCCCCUUAAAAUUAUAUCCCAUGAAUGGGACUUUAUUUCAUAAACAAGACUUAUUAACGUAGAAAUACACAGUCGAAUAUAUCGGGCUUUCUAUCGAGGGUAAUAAUGCACUUGUUACCGUCAAAUAGCACCAUCUGGAAUCUUUCUAAAACUACCCUAAUUUAACUCAUCCAACAAUGAAAUUUAUUAGGAUAACGGAGAUUUAUUGAUGACUGCCAUCCCAAGAUGCCCUGUUACACUGAAGUACUGAUAGAUAGCUGAAUAUCUCGAAUAAUUGCAAAGGGCACACGCAGAGGUUUUACAAGCAUACGGGUAAAAGAUUACUACUUCUCACAAAUGGAGCUCCGUCAACCGUCUAUUAACUCUAAUUAAGAACCACAACUGGGAAAAAGGAGGUAAUCUGAUGAGCUACACCCAUCAUUCACAAGACGUUAGUAACCCCAUUUGCCUGUCGAGUAUUUCUGCGUGUCUUCUCGAGCAGACUCAUGUUAGUCGAGGUGCUCCGCUUAACAAUAAUGACAGCUGAUCUGAGAGGAAGUGGGGUGGGUGGAGGAGGGGUGGGGGUUGCUAUGUGCACACAGAAGCCAUGCUCGCGUACUGUGAGUAAUGAGAGCAUCGAUCCAGUGCCAGGAGAAUGACGCAUCCCGCAGCUCGCAGCCUCGCAAAUGAAAGCGGUAUUGGAGGAGAGAAUACAGGUGUAUGGAACUGCGAGUUAAGACUAACCUCGAUGUGACAGUAGGCGAUUCAGAUAGGGGUUUGAGUGGAGGGCAUUUCACUACUCUAUGCCACAUAGAGUCUGCUGAAAAACGUGUGCUCGAUAAGAGUUUGGCGUACACAUCGCUUGAGAAUUGCGUUGCAGUCUCCAACGCAUACGGUGACUGUCGGAUCUUGGUCUAAGUUAAAGUAAAUGAGGUAAGAACCAGUGCAUCUAUGAAAAUAGUGUCAGAGUUAGUAACUUGAUGUACAGAUCCAAGUCUCCGUUUCUAUAUCCGCAUAACUGAACGGAAGUUCUUCAGGACUACACUAUAACUGGCUGACUGCCCAUUGUUAGGACACUGCAUACGAUCACGUUUGACCUAAACUUUAAGUGAAUAUGGAGAGUUCGCAGUGAGUUUUUGUAAGCAUGCCAGGCAAGCAAAUACCCCUUACCCAUUUGGCCAUAAAGGCAGACGCCCACUUCAUCCUCUUAUGCACUUCUGCGUUUCAUGCUGUCGGCGAAUAAGGUUCUCUCAGCCAUCAGUCCGCCCAACGGGCGGUUGAAAGUGCCUGAAAUAACUUGCAAACGCUGGACAAACAACAUCUGAUCGCCAGUUUACGGUACCUCAUUCACAUUCCGAAUAGCACAACAAGUUCGCCCAAAGGGAAUGAGGCAUGAGGACACCCGCAUGCACCAUGACGAAAGUCGAUCCGGGCACUAUUCAACGUGAUCUUCUCUAGGUGCAUGCUCCAUUGGAAAAUGAAAAAAAACGUAAAUUCUUGAGUUCUGGACGUAAAAGUGGGUUAACAUCCCCAGGUCAGGGACGCAAGGAGACAAAAUCUUAUUUGCAUUAGUUCGUAAGUUAAAUGAUCCGCCUCUAAACGGUACGAAAGCUGAAUAUUGUGUGUCAUCAUGCAAAGCCAUUGAAGGCCGCAGAUAAAGGCAACUAAGAUGAGGAAAUAUAACACACUCAAUCAAUGUAAUUGACGGUAUUCUGCGCACACAGCCGUGGCACAUGUGAUAAAUGAAAUUGUAAUUCUAGAAAAAUUGCUUACCUAGACCUACAGUGACAUUUGCCUGUAUUUUUGCAUCGAACUGGAGGAAGGUCUGAAAGCGGUGUCAUAUGCAGUUUUGUUUUUGGCCAACUACUACUACUACUACUACAAAUCCCGAAUCGAUUGGGAGGUCGCCAUGUUCGUCGAAGACACAGAAAAGAUGGACGGACGUCAAGACUGUUCACGACGCGGAGAAGUCGCAGUCGCACAUCAACAAACGAUGUGCUGGGCGAAACAGGUGGCCUAGUAAAAUCUGUGUCCAAGUGUUUAUUUUCAUAUAAAAUGGAAUGAUUGCAGGUGGAAAGAGCGGGACGCAAGCGCAACAGCAAACCCGGUUCAAAAGACCCUUUUUAAAUCGAAAAAGAAUACCUAAGUUUUUGCGAAAUAAAUGCCAGGAUGAAUAACAUUUUGCGUGUUUUCUUUAUAUGUAAUCAGGCCUUUUUACCCACGUGAUUUGUGCACCUAUAAGUUACGUAGCGUAUUCAAAACACCCCGUCCAGGCGUGACUGUAAUAUAUUUGGAUAAGGUUGUAAGAUAAACAACAGUACACAUUUAGUGAAAAAGCAAAUUCAAAUCGAAGACGAAUUUAUGGAUAUCGACCAACAUUUCAUGAGAUACUGCGUGUUGACUUACACUUGUCUGGAUAGAGAGCCCACCGAUCCGUUGCGGAAUCCGCUAGCCUCAUUCUCUUUUGGAGCCCCGUGAACAGUCUCAUUGGGACUGGUAUUGUAUGCAGAAAUAGAUAUUGUCGACAAAUGCAAACGAGACUGGUGUGCCCACCCCUGGCUUAUUAGCCAUUCAUAUCUAACCGCAAGACUGACAAGCCCUGAGACCCGAAACCGCGAACUGUUGGUUGGGGCUCACGAAAACUUGGGGUUGCGCAUGGUUGGCUGAUGACGUCUAGGAAGGAAGAAAUGGCCAUUCCAGCUUCUCUGUCCUUGUCUUCAAUUAAUUUCUGCACUUUUGUCUCCUGAAACCUCAUUGGCCUGUGCAUUAAUAUUUCCACAUACCACCGACACUACUACUACCACCACCACUUCGAUACCAUGUAAAGCCAUUGAAUGUCACGAUCACCAUGAGUCCAACGACUGUUUCCACCGUAUGAAGCUUUAAUGGCCUGAAAGCUCUUAGCAACCUCCGCAGCAAUGCUCACCUUACUACGUGUAUGUUGUCUAUCGCAUAGAAAUACUGACUGCACAUCGGAAAUUGAGUCUGCGAGCAGACGGGAUAACUACAUGUACGCAUGUAAGUGGUAAUUGAGUGAGUGAGGGGAGAGUGUGGUAGCUGUUGUGCAAGUCUGUCUCACCAUAAACUAAUUCACGCGCAAGUCACCAGUGCUGCGAUCACUUCGUGGCACAUACGAUAGACAUCGUCCCCCACAACGACCGAAAUCUCAUAGUUUCGCGCGUGUAUUACGAACCCUUAAUCCGCUGGCUUGUCUGUCAGCGCUGAGAAGUACAAACUGGUAAUUGGCCUGAUCUGGACUAAUCUACCUCUGUAUGUCAAACGAUGUCUCUUCUCGCUGUUCACUUGGAUAGGCAUAUGGUCGCCACCAAGUUACUUUAUUAGCACUCAUCAAACCCAAACCGUGUGCCUUUACUUCACUUUCCACCCACGGUUUCCUCGUUGACAGCGCGUACUUCAGGUUAUUUCACAUUCAAAAGACGCCACUAGCAGCUUCUAGACCGCAUGGCCUUGUCUGAUAGAAGUACUGCGAUUCCUUGGCAAAUGAAAGGCGUGCGCAUUCUCACAUAAUCAAUCGACUCCCUAACUCUGCCAACUGCCGCCCCAUCGAAUCCACCGUUCGCUACAAUCCGCAGAUCAGUACCUGCAGACCAUCAGCGUGUGCAUGCGGGUGUAAAAUGUGGUGUUGGUGCAAUAAAAGGUGGAGUUCGUGGCGCUCACGGCAAUUUGUCGCAGUUGAUCUGGUUGCCACGUGAAAUGUCGAUCGCACAAACACAUUCCUUCGAAGAUGAAUUUCCCCUGAUUCGCAGCUGCCCUGCACUGAACGAAAUUCGCCUAGCUGGGGAGAUUAAAGACCUGACAAUAGAGGUAGUUUCGCCUGCUGUUACUGCUCUCUACACGUACAUUUCUAUGCACUAGGUAAAGAACGGCGAGGUUCUCCAUGCUCACCGAAUAAUACUAGCAGCUCGCAUUCCUUCCUUGCGAGCCACGCUCAGUGGUCCCCUCGGGGAGGCCAAUUCCGUCCUCAGAUGGCCAACAGUGCCUCUCAGGUAAAACACCCACCCGUCGUUUCCUGAGCUUUGCCUACUCUUUAUGCACUUUCCAGCCUCGCAACUGCGCUCAUUAGUUAUGUGUACACCGGCAAACUGGAGAUGACGCCAGCAAAUGUGAUGGGCAUGGUUGCGUUCGCAAAAAUGCUGAAGAUUCCUGCUCUGGAGAUUUGGGGAGCCAAUUUAAUAGCUGACAGGUAAGCAUUGCCCAGUUAUUCCUCUCUAACUGUCCGCUCUACAGUGUCACUUUAGAAAAUCUGGCAAACACUUGGGAUUUUGCGAAGUCAUUGAAUAUCGGAUUUCUGAUGGAUACUUGCAUCAAUCUAAUGGAGACGCAGUUUAUUCGUUUUAUCUCUGAUGACAUCUUUGUACGUUUGCCAGGCGAUACGGUGCUCUCAUUGGUCCAAAGCGAAGAUUUGUCAGUUGACUCUGAGGAACAAGUGUUUGAAGCGAUUUCACGUUGGGUUUGUCCUGGUGGAGUGGUUGAUGAGGAGAGGCUGAAUACAUACGCUCCGAAGAUGCUGAAAGAGGUCCAGUGGCAUCGGACCACUGCUCAGUUCCGUGAGCACUUGCUGGAUAAUCAUCAGAUAUACCAGACCAACGUCGAAUGUCUGUAA